AUGAUGCUCUCCACCCAAAAGCAACUCACCGCCUCAUUCUGGGAAUGCAUUACCCACGUGAUAAAAAAUAAGUACUUCCCUAUCCCCACCGCGCUGGAAACGGCAACGCACGCAGAGACGCUGCUGGAGAACAAGCUCCUGUUCAAUAGCGGCCACGGUGCGGUGUUCACGCGCGACGGGAUCAACGAGCUGGAGGCGUCGGUGAUGGUCUUGCGGGGCUUCAAGAAGCGGGGCGUCGGCGUGGCGGGCGUUCGGCACGUCAGGGACCCCGUUCUCCUAGCCAAAGCCCUGCUGGAGCACGGCGAGAAGGACCUCGGCGGAGGCUCAGUCAGCGGUCGGCCCUCGCUCUCAUCCGUCGUUGUCGCCUGCCGGUCUUGUUCGGCUUCUUAUUGUAGCCCGUGA